UUCGAUUUUAACCAACAAUAAAUCAUAAACAUUGAGAUAUUUAAGACAAAUAAACAAAAAUCAAUUAAUUUUUAGAAUAUUCAAUUGUAUUAACGUAUAUUAAUCGAUUUUUAUCAUUUUUAUCAUUCUCUAUUAGUUUAUAACGGUGUCAUUUGAACUAUUAUACGUAUACCAUGUGAAUGGGUCAACAAAACUGGUUUAUUUUACCUACUAUACGGUCAUUUGUUUUCUAUCAAGUUGUACAAUGGUUUUUUAAACUACUGAACGUUCAACUGCUCUCUGUCGAGUUGUCUACGGGUUAUUUCACUACUGUAUGUUCUACUGCUUUUUUUUAGUGUUUUCAAGCAGGUUUUAAAAAUUAUUAUGUCUCCUACGUAAACAAAUGUUUUAUUUUAUUUAGUCUAGAAUUCUAGAACUAGUAAUAACUGAUUCGUAAUCAAUUAUGAACUGAAUCGAUGUGGGAUUAAAAGUUUAGUAUCUCGUUUUGUUUCGUGUAAACUCGACAACAAUGGAGUAUUAAUUCGUGAAUUAAAAGAUAAAAUCAAAAUUUUGUGUUUAUGAAGUUACUGUGUUGUUAGUAGAUUGUCAUAAAAUUAAAAUUAAUAUGGUUGAUGAAGACGUCAAGGCGAAUUACCGCAAAUUACCAAAAGUUGAUUUUUCCGUUGCCAAUGCUAAUAAAGAUGGUAUUUUAUACACUUUAUUCACCAAUUCGGAACCUACCACGGGGAAAAAAUUAAGAGAAGAUAAUUCUAACGUUGAAAUAAUUGAAAAAAACAUAUCUACCGUUUUGAUAUUUCACGGUUGGACAACCGAUGAUAAUUCGCCGUGGUUUAGACCACUCAGAGACGAAUUUUUCAAAAUUGGAAAGCACAAUAUAAUUUUCGUCAACUGGAGUAGAGCUGGGAACCAAAGUUACUCCAUAUCGUGUGCUAAUGUUAAACCAGUCGGAAUGUAUUUAGCUCAAUUUCUAAUUGCAUCUAAAGUCGAUUUAGAUAAGGUCCAUCUGAUAGGUCAUUCUUUGGGAUCCCAAUUAACCUCGUACAUAGGAAAAUCCGUGAUAUCUCUGGCUGGUAAAAAAAUUGGAAGGAUCACUGCUUUGGAUCCGGCUGGACCGAUGUGGAGCAGCAUGCUCGAGACGGAUCGACUCAAUAAAAACGACGCCGAUUUCGUCGACGUCAUACAUACUGAUAUACAGAUGUACGGGUUUACUGCGCCAUGUGGAGACGCCGAUUUUUACCCAAACGGGGGUUCGCAUCAACCUGGUUGUCCAUCUAGACAAUCGGAUGACAAUUGUAGUCAUGCUAGAUCGACAUUGUACUUUAUAGAGUCAUUAACAACGAAAGUAUUUGCAAAAGAAGCAUCUUUUGAAGAAGACGAAACUUUUGCAGUCACCAUUAGAGUGAAAGAUGAUGGAAAAGAAGUUGUAUUUGGUCAACAUGUCAAUACUACAAUGAAAGGUGUAUAUUAUUUGAAAACAAAAUCUCAAAAGCCUUUUUUGAAUAUUGAAAAAUAAAAGUUUGAAAAUUUU